CGCCGUGCCUUGGGCGCCAGGAGGGCAGUCCUGUUCCCGCUCCCAAUCCCGGGCCGUCGAGCGGGAGGUGGAGGCAGAUAGAGCCAGAGACCUUCCCACACCACACGCACACACACACUCGGCCCUCGCAGGGAUGUGACCCGUUGAGCCGCGGGGGAAUUGCUCGUCUCUGGGGAAAGUGGGUCUCCCCAUCGGGGGAACAGGCGAAGGGGGGGGCCUCGCUCGCGACCAGGGCAUGCGCCAUGGCCUCGGUGAAGGUGGCUGUCCGAGUCAGGCCCAUAAACCACAGGGAACAAGAGCUGGAUGCUAAGUUUAUUAUUUCGAUGGAGAAAAAUCAAACACAAAUCACAAACUUAAAAAUCCCAGAGGGAGGAACUGGGGACUUGGGAAGAGAACGAACAAAAACGUUUACAUAUGAUUUCUCCUACUUCUCAGCUGAUCCUGAAAAUUCAAACUAUGCAUCUCAGGAAAUGGUAUUUAACAACCUUGGAAUUGAUGUCCUCCAAUCUGCCUUUGAAGGUUAUAAUGCUUGUAUUUUUGCCUAUGGACAGACUGGAUCUGGGAAGUCUUAUACAAUGAUGGGAAAUGCUGGAGAUACUGGUUUAAUACCUCGGAUCUGUGAAGGAUUAUUCAAACGAAUAAAUGAGAAAACAAGAUGGAAUGAAGCUUCCUUUCGAACAGAGGUCAGUUACCUGGAAAUUUACAAUGAGCAUGUCAGGGAUUUACUGAGGCGCAAGUCUUCAAAAACAAAUAAUUUAAGAAUUCGUGAACAUCCAAAGGAGGGACCUUAUGUUGAAGAUCUGUCAAAACACUUAGUACAAAAUUACAGCGAUGUAGAGGAACUUAUGGAAGGAGGGAAUAUAAAUCGAACCACUGCUGCAACUGGAAUGAAUGAUGUUAGCAGCAGAUCCCAUGCCAUUUUCACAAUCAAUUUCACUCAGGCUAAGUUUGACACUGAAAUGCCAUGCGAGACUGUCAGCAAGAUACAUUUGGUAGACUUAGCUGGAAGUGAGAGAGCAGAUGCCACUGGUGCCACAGGUGUCAGAUUAAAAGAAGGAGGAAAUAUAAAUAAAUCCUUAGUUACUCUGGGAAAUGUAAUUUCUGCCUUAGCUGAUAUAUCUCAGGAUGUCUCAAACCCUCUUAUAAAGAAAAAACAAGUAUUUGUGCCUUACAGGGAUUCUGUGUUGACAUGGCUUUUGAAAGAUAGCCUAGGAGGAAAUUCUAAAACAAUAAUGAUUGCAACUAUAUCACCUGCUGAUGUCAAUUAUGGAGAAACAUUGAGCACCCUUCGCUAUGCAAACCGAGCUAAAAACAUAAUCAACAAACCUACCAUUAAUGAAGAUCCAAACGUCAAGCUAAUUCGUGAACUGCGAGCUGAAAUUGCCAGACUGAAAACUCUGCUUGCUCAGGGGAACCAGAUUGCACUUCUGGAUUCUCCAACAGCUUUAAGUAUGGAAGAAAAAUUGCAACAGAAUGAAGCACGAGUGCAAGAACUUACCAAAGAGUGGACUAAUAAGUGGAAUGAAACCCAAAAUAUUUUAAAAGAGCAAACUUUAGCUUUGCGGAAAGAAGGUAUUGGAGUUGUGUUAGAUUCUGAGCUGCCUCAUUUAAUAGGCAUUGACGAUGAUCUUCUGAGCACAGGUAUCAUCUUGUAUCAUUUGAAGGAGGGCCAAACACAUGUUGGCAGAGAGGAUGCUGCAAGAGAACAAGAUAUUGUACUUCAUGGUCUUGAUUUGGAAAGUGAGCACUGCAUUUUUGAACACUUCAAUGGAACGGUUCAUUUAAUACCGCUCGAUGGAGCACAAUGUUCUAUAAAUGGAAUUCAAAUCACAGAGGCUACACAACUCAACCAAGGUGCUGUAAUAUUACUUGGGCGGACCAAUAUGUUUCGAUUCAAUCAUCCCAAGGAAGCAGCCAAACUGAGGGAGAAAAGAAAGAGUGGAUUGCUUUCUUCCUUCAGUUUGUCCAUGUCAGAUCUUUCAAAAUCUUGUGAAAACCUCUCAACAGUUAUGCUGUAUAAUCCAGGCCUUUUCCCUAUAAAAGGACCAGUCUUUUUAAGAUUAGAAUUUGAGAGACAACAAAGAGAAGAACUAGAAAAAUUAGAAAGUAAAAGGAAACUCAUAGAAGAAAUGGAGGAGAAACAAAAAACUAACAAGGCUGAAUUAGAAAGAAUGCAACAAGAGGUAGAAUCACAACGUAAAGAAACUGAAAUAGUUCAGCUGGAAAUCCGAAAACAAGAGGAGAAUCUUAAGAAGAGAAGCUUUCACAUAGAAAAUAGGAUGAAAGAUUUAUUGGCAGAAAAGGAAAAAUUUGAAGAGGAAAGAUUACGGGAACAGCAAGAAAUAGAGCUUCAGAAAAAGAAACAAGAAGAAGAAAUUUUUGGUAGCAUUAAAGAAGAACUUCAGCUAUUACAAGAGCUUAAUCAAAAUGAAAAAGCAGAGAAAAUGCAGAUUUUUCACGAACUGGAAAAGCUUAAAAAGGAAAAAGAAGACCAGUAUUUAAAAUUGGAAGUGGAGAAAAAGAGAUUGGAAGCUCAGGAGAAAGAACAGGCAUUGUUGGUGGCAAAUCUAGAAGAACAGCUUAGAGACAAACAAAUCAUGAUACAGCUGCUAAAAAGAGGGAAUCUGCAACGAAUUGAAGAAGAGAAGAAGAACCUGGAAGACAUCAGAGAAUCUCUCUUGCGAGUCAAAGAAGCCAGAUCUGAAGCAGAGGAGGAUUGUGAAGAGUUAGAAAAAGUACAGUGUAACUUCAUGGAUUUUAAGAGAAAACAGCUAGGACAAUUAACUGGCUUAGAAAGAGAUUUAGUUCAAGAAAGAAAUCAUCUAGAAAAACAGAUGAUCGAAGAACAAGAAAAUCUGGAUUAUUUAAAACAGGUACACACAGAGCAUUUAAAUUUCGACAAAGACACACCAGAUGCUGCAUUAGCUGUGGAAGAAUGUAACAAAAUAAGAUCGUGUGAAUAUAGGUUGCACCAUAAAGAACGACAACUUCUGUAUCUCAUUAAUAAUCAUUUGCCAGCUUUACUGGAAGAAAAACAAAGAGCUUCUGAAGUUUUAGACAGAGGCUUGCAAAGCUUGGACAAUACACUUUAUGAGGUUGAAAAAGAAAUGGAAGAAAAAGAAGAACAGCUUGCCCAAUACAGAGCCAGUGCCAGUGAGCUUCAGCAGCUUCAAGAAACGUUUGAAUUCACGGCCAACGUAGCUCGUCAAGAAGAAAAGGUUUGGAAAAAAGAGAAAGAAAUUCUUGAAUCAAGGCAAAAACAGCAGCGGGAGGCACUGGAACAAGCAGUUGCUAAGCUGGAAAGGCGGCACUCUGCUUUACAGCGCCAUUCUACCCUAGAAAUCGAGGAGCAAAAGCAGAAACUUGCAACUUUGAACAACAGUUGUAGGGAACAGACAGGCUUGCAAGCAACAGUGGAGGCCCAGCAAAAGGCCCUGGAACAAGACCGAGAAAAUUUGGACUUGCAAAUACAGCAGUUAAAACAGAAGAUAUAUGAAGGUGAUAGAGUUGAAAAGGGAUAUCCUGGAGCUGUAGAAGAGAGGCUGACUCAUAAUAGUUCCCCUUCUAACAUUUCCAAAUCUCAAUCUUUUAUGCCAUUGGUUGAUGACAGAAUAAAUAUCUUUAUUGAAGAAGAAGUUCAAAGACGUCUUCAAAAUAUUCAGUACAGCUCUGGAGAAAACAAUAUCAGUCCCUUACAAUCUACAGAAAGCAUGAGGGAUAACAAGAGGUUUCAUAAUGGUGCUGCUCAACGCAAGUUGAAGUAUGAAAAAAGAGAGCCUUGGAUGUCCUUUCAUGGCUUUCUGACAUUGUCUAAUGAUGGCAGCAAAUAUAAUCAGGCUGGAGAAGACACAAGGGUAUCAAGAAUCAGUAGACAGGACAAAGACAUAGGAACAUUUAAUCCUUUCUCAAGGACAAUUCAGGAUCUUGGCAUGACUCAAGAAAAUACAAAUCAAAGGAAAGAGAUCGAACAAGAGUAUGUCAGCUGGAGGUAUCCUGAUGGAUGUGGCUGGAAUCACCCCAAAGACAUUAAAAGCAAGAGAACAUGCUCUGACAGUCCCCCAAAAUCACUUUCUGACAGAUCUAGAAUGUUUGAUUUAUUAGGUAAACAAUCAACAUUUCUUCACUCUGGAAACAAAAGUUGUCUUGGUAAUCUUUGGGAACAUAGGAACAUGGAAACAGAAUUUGAUUCAUUUUCUUCUGAAGGUCAGCCUGGUGCAUCCCAUUUUUGGUCUCUCCAACAAUACUGUAACAGAAUUUCUCAAAUAAAUCAGCCGAUUUCAGACCAGACUUUGGAUGAAAAAGCAACAAAUGAAAUCAAAAGACAACUACCUAAAUCGUUUUUUGGAUCAAAGCAGAAUUAUGGGCUGGGACAUCUAUUUAACUUAUUCUGCAAUUCUUAUCAUGGUUUCAUUUGUCAAGAAUUCACAAAUGGUUGGUUUUCUAAAUGGAUCAAAGAUCUAGUCAGUGUCUAUCACAAAAAUGAGAAAUGCACACAACUGACCUCAUUUAUCAAGAACUGUGCAGUUAUUAAAGAUGUACAACCAAAUCUGAAUUUAGCUUUGAAGGUAAAUAGUGCAAGCCUUAGCCCAAGUAAGCCAUUAGGAAAGGAAGAUACCAUGAAUUACUUAUCAUCACAAAUCUCAUUUGAUAUGAAUACAGUAAAUCAUGCUGUAGAAUCUAGUAAUCUUUGCAGAAAUGAUACAUUGAUUAGUAGCCUGGUGCUUAGGCAAAACUUUAUGGACUUUUCAGAGGAUCUUCUGAAAUUGCAAGAAUAUUCUUUAGAAGAACUGCUACAAUACUUGACGUCUGUCUUGCCAGAAAUUUGUGCCAAGACAAACAAAUUAAAAGGAAUAUACUGGAUUGCAGUGGGAAACUAUAAAAAAUCUGGACCGGAGCCUGCUUGCUUGCUUUUAUAUGAUUCUGUUUUAUAUUCCAUUAUUCCAUCAACCAAUCAGUUAGAAAGCAAUCAGAACUCUUUGGAUAUUUUUCAUGUUUUCUCAAUCAAUACUUUAAAAGAAAUCCAAAUUGGUUAUGCUGGACAAAGCCUUACGCUUUUAGGUCUCCAUGUAGACAAUGUCAUGAAACUAUUCACCUUUAACAAAUACUUUACACAAAGAAUAUGCCAUGAUAUAAUUAGUACUAUAUCUCCAUUAGAUCGUGCUUGCUUAAAUCACCCACUCUUAAAUGAUGAUCUGUUAAAACUUUCUGUUGAUUGGACUUCAGCAGUCACCAACUUAAUUUUGGAAAAUAGCGUGUGCCUAUCAUGCAAUUUUGAGAGUGACUUAGCUGACCUGCUUUAUUUACUCCAUGAAAACAUGGACAUCAACAAACCUUUUUUAGGUGACAUUCAGGUAGUGCUCUAUACAACAGUGAAACUAGCAGGUGAUAUCAGAUCCCUGAUCCUUACUAAUACUCAUAUUGGUCUUAUAAAGGAAAACAGUGCCUUCUGCCUAAUAUCUAGAGUGCUGCAUUCCACAGACAAUCAGUCACAGUGUGCCCAAAUUCAGCUACACUCUUUAAGUGAACUCAGAUGUGUGAUUGUCCCGGAGAAAGAGAAUCUAAGAAAAAUUGAGUUGGCAUUUUCAAAAGCAAGUAAGACUAGUUCAUCCAGUAGUUUACUGGGUGCUUCCCGAGGAGAAAAAAAUACCCAUUUAGAAUAUGUUUCAUCCUUUUGUUACAACCAACCUAGCAAUCAACCUUAUAUCUGGAGACUAAUUUUCAGUUCAGAUGAAGAUGCUGUUAGACUAAUGUUCCAUUUGACAGGACAGUUAAAUUUAAUUCCUCUUUAGAGUUCAAAUACAACUUUUGGAGGGAUAUACAAGUAUGUUUCUGUUUUUGUCUUAGUGCUUCUUAGUGAAAAACUGUACCAGCAUUUCAACUUAGAGUAGUAUUAUAAUAUCUUUAAUGUUUCUGAUCACUAUUGCUAAACACCGGAUUCAUGCAUCAAUAUGUGCUUUUUAGGUUAAUUAAGAAACGCAUUCCUCUUCUAUACCUUUUUGCUUGUUGAUUAGAAUUCUCUAGCUAAAAAUAUAGGAACUAAAUUUAGACUCACUUCCUUAUUGCAUCUAUCUUAGACAAUUUGCAUUUAGAACACUUCCAUUCAGACAUGACUUUAAGGUUGAGUUAUGAUGACAAUCAUUGUGGUACAUGUCCAUACAUCUACAAUAAGGAGCUCAGUCUUCAACUAGCAAUAAAUAAAUGGCUUAGUCAUGGAUUCAUAUGAAUAUGUGUUCUCUGUCCUUGGCCAAAAAACACUUAGCUUAAAGACAACUGCUUGUCUUUGAAUAUAAUCUAACAGAUUUCUCCUUCUCACCACAUUUAUUGCCCUAUUUCCUUUUAUUAAUAAAUUAUUGUCUGUUGUGAUAACUUGAAUUCUUUUUUCUAUGUUAUAUUGUCUGCUUCACAAGUUAUUUGAAACUAUAAGUGUAUAAUUUUUCUUUCAUGUAUAAAGGCUGAAUUCUGAA